UGGAAAAUGCCGAAUGGAUGGAACCUCUUCCCAUCAUUCCCAUGUCAUGCCGGUGAAGCUUCUGAGUUCUGACCCUCACUAACGUCUCUUUUUCCAAAUUUGGUACAUGCUACAGCUUCCAAAAAUUUUCACCAAAAAAAACAAAACAAAAAACACCGUUGAACCAACCAAUCCUCUCGCCUUCACCACAAAAGCCUGCGCAUUUCAUAACGUCUCUGAGUCUCUCUCUCUCAACUGUGCAUUUCUGUAUGCCUAUAUUUAGGAAAUUGUUUGAAAAUCAGGCCUUUUCGUUAAAGUGAUCCCAGGAUUCACGUGCCCCUUGCAAUAGAAUUGAUUUACCAGUAUUAUAUUUUCUUUAUUAUUUUUACACACUUCUUUUAUACUUCACCUUUUGUUUGUUAUAUAUUUUAUACCUAUAAUUCUGAAGGAAUGGAUAGAAGAGUGGUUUCCCAGUGAGGGUGAGUGAGUUUGGUGAGAUGGGUAGGUGGUGGUUUUGGGCAUUGUUUGGUGUGGUGUUGGUGCUUUCUGUAAAUGGGUAUCCUGAAGAGGAUCUGGUAGUGAGGUUGCCUGGUCAGCCAGAGGUUGGUUUCAGGCAGUUUGCUGGGUAUGUUGAUGUGGAUGUCAAAGCUGGGAGGAGUUUGUUUUACUACUUUGUUGAAGCUGAGGACGACCCUGAUACAAAGGCCCUCACUCUUUGGCUCAAUGGAGGCCCUGGAUGCUCCUCGAUGGGUGGGGGUGCCUUUACAGAGUUGGGUCCAUUUUUUCCCUCCGGCGAUGGUCGGGGCCUAAGAAGAAAUUCAAAAUCUUGGAAUAAAGCAUCAAAUCUCCUCUUUGUUGAGUCUCCUGCUGGGGUGGGAUGGUCAUACUCAAAUACAACUUCAGAUUACACUUGUGGGGAUGCCUCCACUGCAAGGGACAUGCGUGUAUUCAUGAUGAAAUGGCUUGAAAAAUUUCCAGCAUUUAAAUCCAGAGCACUGUUCCUCACUGGGGAAAGCUAUGCAGGGCAUUAUAUACCACAGUUGGCUGUUGCCCUUCUGGACUACAAUUCACAUUCAACUGGUUUCAAGUUUAACCUUAAAGGAGUGGCUAUUGGGAAUCCACUUCUCAGACUUGAUCGGGAUAGUGCUGCAACAUAUGAAUUCUUUUGGUCACACGGAAUGAUUUCUGAUGAAAUUGGGCUCACUAUCACAAAAGAGUGUGAUUUCGAUGAUUAUGUCUAUGCAAGUCCUCACAAUGUAUCAUUUUCAUGCAACCAAGCUUUAUCAGAAGCGAAUAGCAUUGUUGGUGAAUAUAUAAACAAUUAUGAUGUAAUUCUUGACGUAUGUUAUCCAGCUAUAGUGGAACAAGAGCUACGGCUGCGGAGAAUGGCCACUAAGAUGAGUGUUGGGAUCGAUGUGUGUAUGACCUAUGAAAGAUCUUUCUAUUUCAACCUUCCUGAGGUUCAGAAGGCUCUUCAUGCAAAUCGAACUGGUUUGAAUUAUAGGUGGACUAUGUGCAGUGGUGUUCUGAAUUAUAGCGAAACUGAUGGUAACAUCGACAUCCUCCCCUUGCUUAAAAGGAUUGUUCAGAAUAGCAUUCCUGUUUGGGUUUUCAGCGGGGAUCAAGAUUCAGUUGUACCACUGCUGGGCUCCCGGACACUCAUCCGUGAACUAGCUCAAGAGAUGAAGUUCAAGAUCACAGUUCCAUUUGGAGCUUGGUUUCACAAAGGCCAGGUGGGAGGAUGGGCAACUGAGUAUGGAAAUUUAUUGACCUUUGCAACUGUAAGGGGUGCUGCUCAUAUGGUGCCUUAUGCACAGCCGUCCAGAGCUUUGCACCUGUUCAGUUCAUUUGUUCGAGGGCGGAGAUUGCCAAACACAACCCGUCCAUCCAUUGAUGAUUAAGAGGGGUUAUGCUUCAUACUUGUUAGAUUCCCUUCUGCUGCAAGCAAUAAAACAGUGAUUUCCUUCUCUCAGUUAGUAAGGAGAACGAAAAUGGAGCAUUUCAAAACAUGCUCUUACUAGCACUGUAAUGGGGAAUAAGGGAAUUUUUGUGUUGGAAUCAGUAUUCUUUUCUCUUA